UUUUGUCAUGUUUCUCGUUCAGUUCCUAACAAAAUUUCGUGUUUAGCAAUAGCCCAGAUUUUGUGUAAGCCGAUUAACAUGUCCCUAGUUCUUGAUGUUGUUCAGAAAAUUGUGCUGCAGAAAGCUUAUGAUUUAACAUGUGAAGCAGCUAUUUUAGCACUGAGAAAAUGUGGCAAACUCAAAAUAGAGGAUGACAAGGCCAAAAUAAGGAAUGAAAAGCAAUUGCCUCUGCCCCCUGCCAAGCCUGUUUCCCAGGAUGUGAUUUGCCCACAGAAGAUACCCCGAGCUCCGGAGGUCACCACACCGCUCAAAUUUGAAGGCCGGGACAUUCCUCGAAAGAACUUUGGCUCCAUCGAUCCUCCCCAGUGCUCCUGCAUGCGCGUCUGCCGGGAUAGCUACUUCUCUUAAAUAAUGAAACACCCAUCGCUUAAAAACAAUUGCAACUUUAAUAGAAUAGGAAAUAGCAAAACUUUUGAUGGACCUCUGACAUUGAAUCUCAUUCCAUUUCGUAUCCGUACAAUUAUCAAAUGUAAAACUAAUAACAGUUUUGGGUAGCAACUAA